AUGUUUCUCGUUCUCGCAGCGGCCCUCUUUGUGAUGGCGAAUGUCGCUGUCAAAGCUGGACCAUGGCCCAUGCCCAGGUACCUGGAAAACAUUUACAAAGAGUUCUUCUCUUCCCUUAAUAGAGACAUGAAUUGGAAUAGGACCAUAUCGAGUCAGGCUUAUACAAGAAUAAUGAAAGGAACUGGGACGUUAAAGUAUCCCAAUAUCAUGCGCCUUACCAUUCAGGAAUAUCCGCUCUGGAAUAAUCUGACAAUGGCGGAUAAAUUAUUUUACACCCUCCUCCCUUACGGUAUUUACAGGAGUGAGAUCGAGAAGCUUCCCAAGGGGGUGCAGUAUGGAUGCAACCAUAUCCAUGCUAAAGGCACUAGAGUUGUGUUCAUGCUUACUUUGUGCUUCUUCCGGACAACGCUAUCAUGA